AUGGGCGGCCGGGCGCUGUGCUGGCUGCUCUGCCUGCUGCAGGCGGGCCGGGCCGGGGGCGCCGAGCUCACCUUCGAGCUGCCAGACAGCGCCCGGCAGUGCUUCCACGAGCCGCUGCAGCGCGGCCUCCAUUUCACGCUGGACUUCCAGGUGAUUACAGGGGGGCAUUACGAUGUGGACUGCUACGUGGAAGAUCCCAACGGCAAGACCCUUUACAAAGAAGCUAAGAAGCAGUAUGACAGCUUUUCCCAUCGAACCGAGGUCGCAGGCGUCUACACGUUUUGCUUCAGCAACGAGUUCUCCACUUUUUCACACAAAACUGUCUACUUUGACUUUCAAGUUGGAGACGAGCCCCCGAUUCUCCCGGACAUGAACCACAGGGUCACCGCCUUGACACAGAUGGAAUCUGCUUGUGUCACCAUUCACGAAGCUUUAAAUACAGUGAUUGACUCCCAGACUCAUUACCGGCUGCGGGAGGCUCAGGACCGGAGCCGGGCUGAAGAGCUGAACAACCACGUCUCCUACUGGUCUGUGGGGGAGACCGUCCUCCUCCUCGUGGUCAGCGUCAGCCAAGUGAUGCUGCUCAAGAGCUUCUUUACGGAGACGAGAGCGACCAUGGGGGCCGUCAGCACCUAG